AUGUCCAAUAUACCAAGAAAGGCUCCAAGUGAGAUUGUUUAUGAAGAAAAUAAUGUGAAGUGGUGGUCAAUACGUGGUGUAUUUGAGAUGCAAAAAGGUUCAAAUUCUAUUAGCAUAUCAAUUGAGCCUUGGAAUUUAAAUGAUGGUCUUGGUGCUUAUUUGUUAAAUGAUUCGAAAAAGAUUUUGAUUUUUGGCACUCACACAAUUCAAAUUUACACAACAGAAGACCCCAAAUUAAUAUUUAUAUGGUCUUGUUGUGCUAAUGAUCAAAUAAUUGAUGUUAACAUAUGUGAAAAUAAUGAAACGAAUUGUUAUUUGUUGGUUGACACAAUGGUGGAUAAAUUCAAAGUGAUUCUACCAAGCGAUCAUCAAGAUUUUUGCUAUGAAUCUAUAAUUUAUUAUUGUAAAUUUUUGGGAACUUAUUCAUCACAUUCGCGUAUAAAACCUUCAAAUGUCAGUGAUUCAGCUUUUAAAUCUUGGUCUAAUUGGAUCAGAUUAACAUCUGCAAUUAUAAAGCAAGAACUCAGAAAUCUAUUAAAAGAUGUGCAUCUAUUUAAUCGAAUGUAUGAUGAUAAAUCUCCAAUGGCAUAUCUAAUCAUUGCUGGAUUCGAAGAUCUAAUUUUGGACACAUUACACACUGGUAAAUAUGUUCCUCAUUUUUAUGACAUAGAAAAGAAGAAGUCAUCAUUAUCAAUUGCUAUAGAAUCUCAUAAGACAACAAUAGUGUCAGCUUUGAUAAAUUAUUAUGUUGAGAAAGCAAUUAAAAAUCAUGACCCAGGAUGGUUGAGAACAAUUGUUCCUUGUCUGUCAAGCUUAUGUGGAUCAUACCCUGAUUUGGUACAAAAAAUUAUCAGCAAAGUCAUGUUUAUCAAAGUUAAAAUGGCAUUAGGAAAAAUACAUGAUGAAAACUAUCGAACUGGUGGGGUUGAGCGCAGCGAUAAAGAAUAUUUAUAUGCAUUUACUUUUAAUGGUUCCUUACAAAAACAUCAUUAUGGAUUAUUCAAAUACUGGUUGAAAUAUACUAGAAUACUUGGAAAACCUUUAUAUAUAUUGGAUGAAUUCCUUGAAAAAUUGGCACAUACUAAAUCACAUCCCGUUAAAUUAUGUGUACUUCCAUUACCUGGGUUUCUUGAGUAUGAUUACGAAGGAAAAAGAGAACCAGGAUGUGUCGGAAGAUUUAAUAUAUGGAAUAGAUCCCAUUCAGUAUUUUCAGAUUUAGCAUUUAAAAAUGAUAAAACCAUUUUUAAUGGAAAAAUGAUGCAAGUUGUAUCAAAUCAG